CAACCCCGUCAGUCCCACACAUUCUAUCUCCCUCUCCGUCUCUUUGUUCAUCUCUCUCUCUCUCUCUCUUCACCUCUCCCAUUUCUGCUCUUUAUAUUUGAAACCUUAGAAAAAUAAUUUUCCAGAUUUCAGCCACAAAUUUCUCUCAUCUUUUUUUUUGUAUUUUUUUUUUAUUUUUAUGAUCUUUCCCCUCUCUUAAUCACAUCAUCUUGACCCUCUGUUCUGUCCCAUCUGUUUGUUAUCUAUUUACUGUCUUACCCUUAAUUAUUUUCUCAACUUACUCUUUUGCCCUUUCACCUUCUUUUUCUGCCCCACAUUCCCUCGUUAACACAAUAGAAAAUUACCGCUGGCAUCUUAUUUUCUUUAAAAAAUUUCCUCUCUAUUUUUUCAAGUUUUAAAUUUGAAACUUCUUCUUUACCUGGGUUGGGUGGUGACGUGGCAUGCGGAUAGGAAGCCAUGAAUACCAAAACGAUGCGCCUCCCCCCUCGUCGCGUGCUGACACCUAGUGGACCUAAACGAAAAGAGAGAGAAGACCCGUUUGAGAGGCCCAAGCCCAUAACCACAACAACCUCAUCGAAAUUACUUAAGCCAGACAGGCCCACACCUCGGCCCGUUUUAGAGCCCAUCACCACAACAACACCAACAGCAGCAACUACAUCCCCAUCAACAUCAAGCCCAAGCAGCGUCAAGGGUUUUGAAUCGACAACUCCGUCUAAUCAACUAUUAGCUGGGUGCCUGGCCCACGAGUAUCUCACCAAAGGGACCCUCCUGGGCCAACCGUGGGCCCAAGUCUGGCCCGAAAGCCCAAUUGUAGCGGAGAAAGAGGACUGCAGCGAGAAAGGAGGAGCGGCUACGACGACGGCGACAACAGCCUCCAAAGUGUGCCGUGAGACGGAGGAGCAGAGGGAAAGGUACGCGAAGGUAGCGAGCCUGUUCAAGUGCGACGGGGUCCACCUUUCUGGAGUGGUGAACCCUGCCCAGCUGGCUCGCUACUUACACUUGUGAUCUAAACAGAAAACAAAGGGGAAAGUCCGUUAGAGACACGUGGGACGAUCCCAUUGGCUGUUUCUUAAACGAACGGGAAAGAGAAAAAAUCGAAAUUUUAGAUUUUUUGUUUUCUAUAUUUAUAAAUCUAGGAUUAGGAUAUUUGGUAAAUCUGCAUUUUGUGAUGAUGCAUGCAACUUGUUGUAUGUCAUGCCUCGUGAUGUAUCGGAUUAAAACAUGCAAAUUACAUGUCUCUCGUUUCGAUAA